AGGGGCAAACUAUUUUUAAUCAGGCGAGUUCCCCAGACGUUAUUCCUCAAACUGAAAGAAAGGACCCUGCCAAACCCAGCAGGAAAUCAUUUAUUUGCGUUUGCAUGUUGUAUAUUGGAAACGAUUAAGUAAAUAUAAAAUAUAAAAUGCCCUUGUUUGAAGGGUUGGGGAGUGGAGGGGAAAAAACUGCAGUCGUCAUUGAUUUAGGAGCAGCCUACACAAAGUGUGGCUUUGCUGGAGAAACGGGGCCCAGGUUCAUCAUUCCUAGUGAGAUACAGAAACCGGGACAACAGCAGUCUAUCAAAGUGGUUCAGUACAACAUCAACACAGAGGAACUCUACUCCAACCUCAAGGAGUUCAUCCACACGCUCUACUUCAGGCAUCUGCUGGUGAACCCCCGUGACAGGAGAGUGCUGAUCAUCGAGUCCAUCCUCUGUCCCUCCCACUUCAGAGAAACCCUCACCAAAGUCUUCUUCAAACAGUUUGAGGUGCCCUCAGUGCUGUUUGCUCCCAGUCACCUCAUGUCCAUCAUGUCUCUGGGCAUCAACUCAGGCCUGGUGAUGGACUGUGGCUACACUGAGACACUGGUGCUGCCUGUGUAUGAGUGCAUCCCCAUCCUGUCAGCCUGGGAAGCCCUGCCUUUGGGUGGCAAGGCCAUUCAUAAGGAGUUGGAUGUGCUCCUGGUGGAACAGUGUACAGUAGACUCAGACUCCAGUACUGGACAGAGUCUACCUACAGUCAUUGGCUCCAUCCCAGAGGAAGUUGUGGAAGAUAUCAAGGUCAGGACCUGUUUUGUCAGUGACCUAAAGAGAGGCCUGAAGAUCCAGGAGGCCAAGUUUAACCUAGAGGGCACGGCUGAGCGACCAACACCACCCCCUGAUGUUGAUUACCCAUUGGAUGGGGAGAAGAUUCUGCAUAUCAAGGGAACAAUCAGGGACUCGGUGAUGGAGAUGCUGUUUGAGCAGGACAAUGAGGAGAAGAGUGUGGCCACUCUAGUGCUUGACACUCUGGUCAAGUGUCCCAUUGACACUCGUAAGGCGCUAUCUGAAAACCUGGUCAUUAUCGGGGGCACGGCCAUGCUGCCUGGCUUCCUGCACCGGCUCCUGGCUGAGAUACGCCUCCUGGUGGACAAACCCAAGUAUCGUGACGCCCUGGCCACCAAGAGCUUCAGGCUGCACAGUCCUCCAGCCAAACCCAACUGCACUUCAUGGCUCGGAGGAGCGAUCUUUGGAGCACUGCAAGACAUCCUGGGUAGUCGUUCUGUGUCGCGCGACUAUUACAACCAGACAGGCCGUAUCCCCGACUGGUGCUGUCUCAGCUCCCCGCUGCCAGAAUCAGUCUAUGAUGCAGGGAAAACCCCCCCACCACUCAUGAAGAGAGCCUUCUCCACAGAGAAAUAAACCAGCAGACACUAUUGUCUACCCCUGGUCUGCGUCUACAGUGCCACCCUAAACCAAAAAUAGUGCACUAUAUAAGGAAAGUGGUGCCAUUUUAGUGGCACCACUAAAACUCACCCCAAACUCACCCCAGACUUGAACAUAUCAGACAUUAUGGGUGUGUCUCAAUAGUCUAUUACGGUUUCCUCUACUCAUGCCCUUCCCCUCAUCUGUAAGGCGAGAGAGCCACUUUAGACUAGAGAUGCACCCAGCAUCUCAACCCCCAGAUGGCUGUGGAUUGUGGGGGUUUUAGUUCAAUCAGUCUUUAUGUGCCUGUUCUGUAAGACUCCUGCCACACUGUGUUCCAGAUUCUGCUCACUCUAUUGCUAACUAGAUGUUUUGUCUAAGGAUUGCACUGGUACAGCAGUCAGCAUUUGAAUUGAGAGUACUGUGCUGGGGUCAGGGAGAGCAAGUUCUGGGUCCAGAUCCUUGUACACAAGGUGGUCUUGAACAGAGUUGCCAUGUGUUGACUAUCCCCUUGAGGCAGAAGUGUGGAUUUGACUCAGUUUUCCAGCUGAACUGAGGCUUGUCAUGUUAACACUCUUGAGCUGUAUAUAGAAACUGUCAGUAAGAAAGUGUACUGCAUUUCAACCAGAUAAAUUGUAGUUCAACCAAUUUAAAUUGCAGUUUUGAUAUUUGGCUGUCAAGUUUCUCUUUAUGUAGUCCUUGUGAAUGCUACCUCCAGGCAUUCCUUUUCAGCUAAUAUGUAGUGUUUUAUUUAUUUUUUAUCUGCCAUGUAAAACAUUAAUAUCAGUUUCAAUCUCCCCAGAGCUCUUAUCCUGUAAUGCAUCAACUCAAACAGCGCUAAAUAAACAUUCCUGCUGUUGCAUGU